CCAAACGCUCGAGUCAUGUAGAGGAAAACAUCACAGCUGUUGCAAAAAUGUCCAGCUACGCCUCUUUGCCCUCAAGAGAGCCCGUGGAAGCACUGAUUAAGCAUAGCUCGGUAACGAGUCAUGGUGCACAGCGUCACGGCGCGCCCGGCGCCCGGUCGGGGUUUCACACGGACGUUGACGAUGCUGAGGCCGGGCUGGGCGACAAGCUGCGGAACGCCGCCGAUGACGAUGACAUGAAGGUUGACACAGUAGCCAUGUUUAACAAGGUCAGCACUCGGCUGCUGCCGCUGUUCUUCGUGAUGGUCAUCAUGUGCUACGUGGACCGCACCAGCCUGGCCUUCGCCGCCAUCCAGCUCAACGCCGACCUGGGCUUCCCGCCCGCCGUGUACGGCAUGGGCAGCGGGCUGUUCUUCCUGGGAUACUCCCUGUUCCAGAUCCCCAGCAACCUGCUGCUGCGGCGUGUGGGCGGGCCCACCUGGCUGGCGUUCAUCAUAUUCGCCUGGGGGCUGGCGGCCAGCGCCUUUGCUGGGAUGCACACUGCCACGCACUUCUACGUGCUGCGACUGGUGCUGGGCGUGGCGGAGGCCGGCGCCUUCCCGGGCAUGUGGUACAUGCUCACCAAGUUCUUCCCGGGAGACCAGCUGGCCUUCCCCUUCGCUGUGGUGGAGGCGGGCAUCAGCCUCAGCCACGUGCUGGCGGCGCCGCUGGCCGCCGCCUGCCUGUCGCUGGACGGGCUGGGCGGGCUGGCGGGCUGGCGCUGGCUGUUCCUGGUGGAGGGCGCGCCCACACUGCUGCUGGCGGUUGUGAUGUACCGGAUGCUGCCGCGCGGGCCGGAGACGGCGACCUUCCUCUCCCCCGCGGAGAGGCGCGUGCUGCAGCGCAAGCUGGAGCUGCACGCACGUAGCGAGCUGGGAAGCGGCGGCGGCGCCGGCCACGGAGCAACGGGCACCGCGGCGGGCGGCGGCGCCGAUGUCAGUAGCACCAACGCAGCAGGCGGAGGCAGCGUUGUGAAGCGUAGCGGCAAGGCGCGCAGCGGCCAAGCCACCCCCAGCACCGCUGCCGGCGCCGACGCUGCUGCUGCUGCUGUUGCCGGCGCCUUUGGCGGACCCGGCGGCGGCGGGGCCGGCAGUAGCGGGGGCCACACGCACUCGCAAGGGGCGGGUGCGGUAGGGUGCGCUGGCGGCGGCGGUGGUGGCAACAGCAGCAGCGUGGCAGGCAGCGGCACGACGUGGCAGGCGGUUCGGGCGGCGCUGACUAACAAGUAUGUGUGGUAUUUGGGCUGUGUCAAGUUCAUUCGCGACAUCGCCUCGUUCGGACUCAUCUUCUGGGCGCCCACCAUCGUCAACUCGCUCAUCGAGGAAAUGAGGAGCGCCGAUGCGGCCUACGACGCCGACGGCGGCGGGGGCUCCCACGGCACCGGUCUGGCGGCCGUGCUGCUCACCUCGCUGCCCUUCGCGGCGGCGGCGGGCGCCGGCAUGGCGCUGGCGCACAGCAGCCAGCGCUGCGGAGAGCGCUUCAUUCACAUCGGCCUGCCAUACCUGCUCACAGGCGCCAUCCUCAGCCUGUACUCGGUGGGCGCGGACCGCUCGCCCUGGCUGGGCUUUGCGGCGCUGGGGCUGGGCAUUGUGGGCAACUACUGCGGCAGUGGCCCCGGGCUGGCGCUGCUGACGGAGCUGGCGGCGGGGCCGGGGCUGGUGGUGGCGUUGCCGCUGUACAACUCCAUCGGUGUGUUCGGUGGCUUUCUGGGCCCCUCGCUUGUGGGCUGGCUGGUGCAGCGGGCCCGUGACGCCGAGGACAGGCGCCUGGCCGAGGGUGGCGCCGCCGCCCUCCACGGCGGCGGCUUCGGCGUGUCGGCCAUGGUGCUGGGGGCGGCGCUGGCGAUAGCGGGCGUGCUGACGCUGGCGCUGGGCGCGUGGCUGGGCCGGCUGGGUCCGGGGCUGCAGCAGAUCCUGCAUGGGUCGGCGGCGGCUGGCGGCGUACGCGGUGGUGUGGCGGCAGGAGCAGGUGGCGGCGGCAGCAGGGGCGGGAGUGACGAGUCGGCGCCGCUGUUGAUGGUGGUGGACUCGUCCGUAGGCAGCGACGCGUCGCGGAGGAGUGGCAGCGGCACGGCUGAAGGCUUGCGGAGCUUGGAGGUGUCUAGCCGGAACGCCAGCGCACACGGUGGCCUGGCUGCGGCGGUGGGGCUGCCGUCGCGGCCCUGAGCUGUCCCGGCACUCACGUGGUGACAGCGUGGGCUGACAGGCCGCCGUGACGCUCAUAGACUGCCAUGGCUGGGCACGGACGGGCUGUCGGGGCGGCAGGGGCAGGUGGGCGUUGUGUUGGCGCCACGUCCCAUGUGCGGCGCCGGCGUCGGAGCCCGUGCGAGCGCCAGCUGCUGCUGGGCCAUGGUGGGCACGUGCUGGAGCCUGGUGCUGCAGAGGCACAAGGAGAGGGGGGUCGACCUGCCUAAUGUGGGGCUGUGAGCGGGAAAUUGGCUUGUAUCCGGGGGAUCUCCGGCAAUGGCGUGGGCGUGUGGGUACAGCUGUGGGGCCACGCGCACGCACGCCGAGCGCAGGAUAGGCAGUGAUCUGAUUUUGGUUCAAGACGGGAAUGGUUGGGUGGUGGGGCGCAUUGCGAGUGGUGUAGCUCUGGACCCGUCGACGGUUGGAAGGACCGUGUGCACUGAGCCGUGACCCAGUACGGUAUGAAGCCGUGCGCCGUUGCGGUGCAACGUGCCCUGCGUGAGCCAAACGAAUAUACGGACGCACCUUUACUGGACAUGUAUUGCCUGACGCUGGCUGGGACGACGAGACAAUGAGCAACAGGCUGUGAUCUGUGAUGGAGGCGGUCACGACAGGGCAUGGGCGCGCGGCAUGCAGGUGCACGAAGAGAUCCCUGAGUUCACAGAUGUACGCGACACGGGCUGCCCGGCGUCCAACCCAUGACGUGUGAGUGUGUGACCCGAUUGAUUGCUGGAGUAAACACUGUGACCAGGGCUGAAGACGGUACGACUGGCCUUCCCCUAGACUGGCCGGGUAGAGCGGCGCAGUAGCCAACGGCAGUGUCAGCGGAUUGUUACCGAAUGGCGGUGAGCAUCAGAUGUGCGUAUUGGGUAAAGCGCUUCUCGGUCUGAUCAUUGAUUCUGUCGCGCAAGGGUGUCAAUGCUCGAGCCGUCCUCAGCGCGCCCAUCAUUUGUUCAGUGCAGGGAACCCAACCCUGACUAAGUUGACAUGGUAGUACUGCCGUAUUGCCAUUCACAUGAAUACGGUCCAUGGCCCCAAUGCCCCAAGUCAUUGCUCUCCUACUGGAGUGGAUGAGGAGCGGGGCGUGACUGGCUCAAAUCAUUCAUCCUCCCGUGCACUCCGUGCUUCCUGUAAACUCAGUACACC